AUGAACACAGACUACUGGCAACUCUCAGGCGCUUUCGGCCUCUGGGUUCGCGCCUGCAUCCGAAUCCUCCAGUUCGUCUUCGCCAUCGUCACGAUAGGCCUCUACGCCGCCACUCUCGGCUCCUGGAACACCCUCCCGACAGAAAACCUCAGUACGACAAACUGGAUCUAUGCCCUCGUCCCCGCUGUCCUCUCGGCGCUGACGUGCGCCUACCACGUCUUCGCGACAGUCACACACGCCGCCUGGUCCGUCUGGGACUUUGGGCUGGCCGUCCUCUGGGCCGCGCUGUGCGGUCUUUCGUCGACCAUCGUCGUGGGCGGCGAGGACAAGGUCUACGUUACGGGUGAAGUCAAUUCGAGACUUGCUGCGGGUGCUUGGAUUGCGGGGAUGAAGAGGACGGUGAAGAAGCAAGAGUCAGAAGGGGAUAAGCUCGAAUUGAAGGGUAUUCCCAAUAGUCGGGAAGAGAACGUCUAG